GAAACACUCUAGCCAAAGGGAUUCAUUCCUUGAGAAAGUAUUCGCUGAGCACCUUCUUGCUACUCAUGGGAAGGAGGAGGAGGAGAAGGACUUGGUGGAUGUACUGCUGCAGCUCCUGAGAGAGGGCACGCCUGAUUUCACCCUCUCUACAGAUAACAUCAAAUCUGUUGUUAUGGAUAGGUUUGUAGCUGGGACAGCUACCACUGCAACAACACUAGUAUGGGGAAUGUCUGAGCUAAUGAAGAACCAAUUGGCAAUGAAAAAAGCCCAAGACGAAGUAUGCGGCAUAGCUAAAAGCAAUAACACAAACAUGAUAGAAGAGAGAGACUUACACCAGCUCCAUUACCUAAAAGCAGUGGUGAAAGAGAUCUUGCGGUUACACCCUCCAAGUCCAUUGUUGGUUCCUCGUGAAUUGAUAGAGGACUGCAACAUAGAAGGCUACCAUAUCCCUGCAAAGGCUAGAGUUUUUGUGAAUGCUUGGGCAAUUGGGAGGCACCCAUACUCUUGGAUAGACCCUGAAGACUUUAGACCCGAAAGGUUUGUAGGUAGUAAUAUUGAUUACAGGGGCCAAGAUUUUGCACUGAUACCAUUUGAGGCAGGGCGAAGGGGAUGCCCUGGGAUUUUCUUUGCAAUGGCUAUCGUGGAGCUUGCAUUGGCAAAUGUCUUGCUUUGUUUCAAUUGGGCAAUGCCUGAUGGAAAGUAUCCUGAGGAUCUGGACACGAAUGAAGCUUCUGGACUAGCUGUGCACAAGGAAACCUCUUUGCCCCUAGUGGCAACUCCUCAAACUACUUCACAAUAGCAUUACUGGUGAUUAGUAACAUUUUUUAAUUUCGUUUUGAGUUCUGUAAUGCUACCUGUUCCUUAGGUUUUUGCUUCGGUCGACAUAUCAGUUUGGGUGAGGCAGGUCAAGGGUUCAAAACCUUAAAUUUGUCCCAUAUGACCCAAUCAAGCUAUCUUCUGUCUUUUUUUUUAAGUUGGGUACGCUGCAAGUUAGCUCUCAUGCCCUACACACUAAGAAGAGAGUGAUUGCAUUCGGAGGAAAGUAUCCAAACGGAAGGCAGCAUUUGUCCUACAUGCAAGAACUUUGUAGAAAAUGUAAAGAAAUGUGUAAUUAUCUAUCCUAUAUUCACCUUGAAAGAAGGUUAAUGUAUCAUGAAUAAACAGAAGCUGGAGGGUGAUGACCGAAGUUCGAGGGCUAACUGCAGCAACAAUACAUGAUUAGAAAAUAUAUGUAUAACAUGAAGAUAAUUAGUUUUGGCCAAUGUUCACAGAAUUGGGAGCCAGUGGUGAGGUGACCAAGCUGGUUUUGAGUCAAAGCCGGGAAUCAGUCCUGUGCCCAUGGAAUCUAUCAAUUCUGUCAGAGAACUAGAGAACUGGCUUGUGAAAGAACCGGGCAACCUGGACUGGCCAGAUGGCCUAGUUCCCACAUUUUCAUUUUUUUGUAAUUUUAUUUUUAAAAUUUUUAAUUUAAAUUUUAGCUUUUUAUUAACAUAAUCUUCUUGAGAGAGAUGUUCCCACCCCCACUAUUUGCAAUGGGGGAACCCGAAGGCCUUGGCAAGGCACAAAAAGCGGUGGAGUGAACUAGUUUUAUAUUUGCUUCUCAAUAAUCUCUCUUACUUCCCCGGAGUGGGACUAAAACUUAUAAACUAGGCACAUAAAGCUUUAACAUUCAUUUAUAAGCAAAUCUACUAGCUUUUAUAUAAGCUAGUAACAUUCAGAUUAUAAGGCUUUCAAAUUUUUAGAUAAAGCUACUUAGUAUAAGCGUUUGUAUAUAGCUUAUACUAUUGACUGAAAGCUUUCCUAUCGCUUUCUCACACAAAACAAUGAAAUGUAGGAGCUCUACUCAUUUGAAAACCAUAAUUUACACAACAUUGAUAUGUGUAUAACCUAUGAAAUUGGUGCGUCGAUAAAUGACUUCCAUUAUAUAAAGCUCUAUCUUAUAUAAGCUUUUGUAUAAAGCUCAAUCUUAUAUAAGCUUUUGUAUAUAGCUCAUACAAGUAUUGACCAAAAUUUUAUACAAAGCUUUGACAUAAGCUAGUUGCAUUUAUUCAAAAGCUUAUAUAAAACUUCUACACAAAAUCUUUUAUAUAAUAUAUAAAAUAAAAGCUUAUAAGCUAACAUUUACAGAAAAUCUUAUGUAAAAAGUUCAUCUUUGUCUAUAAAAUAGUAUUUGUUACUAACAAAAAAAAUGUAACAUUUUUCUGUACUGAUGUGCAUUAGCAGUGCCCAAAUCAAUCACAGUCGCUCAUUCCCCCUCAGAACAUAGAGGAAUAUCUUGAUAUUCCAUUGCUCACAAGCAAGUACUUGUAACUUGUGACUAUUUCUGUAUUUAUGAAAUGAUUGUUGUAGUCAGUGAGCUUAAUGUAUAUUAUUGUCAUUCUGUGAUGUAACUUGAAUAUUUUGAAUUCACUAUAUUGAUAUGUGAUAACAAUAUAAUAUCUUAAUAAUUGUAUCCUCUUAUA